CAUAUCGCCAGCCAAUUUCAUUGCGAAAAGUACUCUCACCGGUUGAUUUAAGAAUCCAUUCAUCACAAAUCAUUUCUUUUUCUGACCAAUAUUUCGUCAUUUCCCUAGAAGCCUCACAUUAAUAAUGCCUCCUGCGAAGAAAAGGAAGACGGCGAAGGCCUCUAAGGUCACAAAAGUCACACCUGAACCCGAAGAACCCCAAACAUCAGGAGGACCGACUGAGGAAGAACAAGUUGUUGACGCCCCUCCUCCAACAAACGAUGAGACUUCCCAAGAGCAACCACAAACAGAAGAACCAAGCCAACCUGCACCGAUAGAGGAGGCAGCAGCAGAGCCGGAAGCGACAACGGCAACGAAGCCCGAAGUAGCAGCAGCAGAAACAGCAGCCAAAGACCGCAUGGCACGUUUCCGCGCCCUCCAAGCGCGCGCAAAAACAUCAUCAGACCAAAACCUCGCCGAAGCAACCAAAGAAUCCCAACGCCUAGCCACCGACCCCACCGCACUCGCGUCCCUAAACCGGCGUCGCGACAUCGCAACACACAAACUCCUAAAAGCUGAAACCGAGGAAGCGGGAGAUGACUUCGAGCGAAAACGCGCGUGGGAUUGGACCGCGGAGGAAAGCGAGCGUUGGGAUAAACGACUCAAAAAGAAAGCCGCGCAUCGCGAUAAUAAUGCGUUUCAGGAUUACCGGCAGGAGAGUAAUAAAGUGUAUAAACGACAAUUACGUGACCUUGCGCCGGAUUUGGAACGGUAUGAGAAGGAUAAGAUGGCUGCUAUUGAGCGAGCUGCUGCGUCGGGCGGGUUGGAUAUUAUAGAGACGGAGGAUGGGGAGUUGAUUGCUGUGGAUAAGGAUGGAAGUUUUUACUCUACGGCUGAUUCGACUGCGUUUGCGGAGAAUAAACCGGAUAAGGCGGCGGUGGAUCGAUUGGUAGGGGACUUGCAGAAGGCGGAGGAGUCGAGGUUGCGCAAGAGGAGGGAGAGGAUGGCGCAGAAUGGCGACGAGGGCGAUGUCACGUAUAUCAACGAGAAGAACAAGCAGUUCAACCAGAAGCUGGCGAGGUUCUACAACAAGUACACGGCGGAGAUCAGGGACAGUUUCGAACGUGGAACUAUGAUUUAAGCACGAGAAAAAUUGAGGACAGAAGAUGAAGUGUAUUUUAUUUUAUGGAUGCGAGCAUGGAGAUCAUCGUCGUCGUCAUUCCCGUCAUCCCAACCUACUACCUAUGAUACAUGAUUACCUAGA